AUGGAGCGCGCACAGCACCGCGGAGCCCUUCUCUGCAGAACCGGCCCUGUGCCCCCGCAGCGGCCGCGCAGCGCUCUGCGGGCCGGCACGGAGAUAAAGCGGCCGAGAGGGGCCGCGGGGCGGGGGCUCAGCCGGGCGGUGCUGGAACCGGAGCCCACAGCGGUGCCGGUGCCGCUGCCCGGCAGUGACUCGGCAGCGCCCGGCGACAGCGACAGCGACCGUGACAGCGACAGCGACCGUGACAGCGACAACAACAGUGACAACGACAACGACAGUGACAGCGACAACGACAGCGGGACCCGCCCGGCGCCGCCCCUCACCGAACGCCCGCCCCCUCCCCACAGGCCGCCCUUAGGGACUGCGCUCCCAUUGGCCGAGCUCAGCCCCUGCCGGCCUCUGAUUGGUCUAUCCCCAGCACCAGCGGCGCGUUCUGCACUGCGAUUGGCCCGCUCGCCUGUCACUCAGGGCCGCGCGCUGUUCAUUGGCUGGCGCGGCCCGUCAGUCACCCCCAGGGUUAUUUUGCCCUCGGUUUUGCUGUCGGUCACCGUGAGGGGCGGGAAGCAGGCUGCAGCGCAUAGACGGGAGGAGACGAAAAUGUGCAUUGUGAUUGGUUGUCAGGCCAUCAAUCACACAACCCGCUCUCUGAUUGGGCUGCAGGGCUGUCACUCACGGCGGUGGGCGUGCCACGCGCAGGCACGAGGCGGGCUCAGCUUUCCGGCGCUGCGAUUGGCACUCCGUGGGCUGGCAGCCAAGUGGGGGCUGUCUCAUCUCCAAGUGGCCCUGGUGGCACAAGAUGUCCUUUGCUCCCGCAGCACGUUCCUGUACCUGAAGUUCCUGGUGGUGUGGGCGCUGGUGCUGCUGGCUGACUUCGUGCUGGAGUUCCGCUUCGAGUACCUGUGGCCCUUCUGGCUCUUCAUCAGGAGCGUCUACGACUCCUUCCGCUACCAGGGCCUGGCCUUCUCAGUAUUUUUUGUGUGUGUAGCAUUUACCUCCAACAUCAUCUGUCUGCUCUUCAUCCCAAUCCAGUGGCUGUUCUUUGCUGCCAGCACCUAUGUGUGGGUACAGUAUGUGUGGCACACAGAAAGAGGUGUGUGCUUACCAACAGUAUCACUGUGGAUACUUUUUGUUUAUAUUGAAGCAGCCAUUAGAUUUAAAGAUUUAAAAAAUUUCCACGUGGACCUUUGUCGUCCAUUUGCAGCACACUGCAUUGGCUACCCUGUUGUGACUUUGGGCUUUGGCUUUAAAAGUUACGUCAGCUACAAGAUGCGUCUGAGGAAGCAGAAGGAGGUGCAGAAGGAGAACGAGUUCUACAUGCAGCUCCUGCAGCAGGCACUGCCCCCAGAGCAGCAGAUGCUGCAAAGGCAGGAGAGGGAGGCAGAGGAAGCAGCCAAAGGAUUAUCUGAUAUGGAUUCCUCAAUACUCCUGCAGCACAAUGGAGGCAUUCCAGCCAAUAAAAAAAUCUCUGCAACGUUGCCAGAGCUGGAAUAUCGAGAAAAAGGGAAAGAAAAGGACAAGGAUGCAAAGAAACACAACCUUGGAAUAAACAACAACAUUUUGCAACCUGUAGACUCUAAAAUACAAGAAAUUGAAUAUAUGGAAAACCAUAUCAAUAGUAAAAGAUUAAAUAAUGAUCUUGUAGGAAGUACAGAAAACCUCUUAAAAGAGGACUCAUGCACUGCCUCGUCCAAAAAUUACAAAAAUGUCAGUGGGGUUGUGAACUCCUCACCCCGCAGCCACAGUGCAAGCAACGGGAGCAUCCCCUCCUCAUCCUCCAAAAAUGAGAAAAAACAGAAAUGUGCCAGCAAGAGCCCCAGCACACAUAAGGACUUAAUGGAGAACUGUAUUCCUAAUAACCAGCUAAGCAAACCAGAUGCACUGCUCAGGUUGGAACAGGACAUCAAGAAGCUAAAGGCCGACCUGCAGGCCAGCAGGCAGGUGGAGCAGGAGCUGCGCAGCCAGGUGAGCUCGCUGAGCUCGGCCGAGCGCGGCACGCGCGCCGAGAUGGGCCAGCUGCGCCAGGAGAACGAGCUGCUGCAGACCAAAUUGCACAACACUGUACAGAUGAAACAAAAAGACAAACAAAUGAUCAGCCAGCUGGAGAAGAAGCUAAAGGCAGAGCAGGAGGCACGAACCUUUGUAGAAAAACAAUUAAUGGAAGAAAAGAAAAGGAAGAAAUUGGAAGAAGCAACUGCUGCACGAGCUGUCGCCUUCGCUGCUGCCACGAGGGGGGAGUGCACCGAGACCCUGCGGAGCCGCAUCCGGGAGCUGGAGACGGAGUGCAAGAAGCUGACAAUCGACAUCAAACUGAAGGAGGAUCAGAUCAGGGAGCUGGAAAUGAAAGUUCAGGAGCUGAGGAAGUACAAGGAGAACGAGAAGGACACCGAGGUGUUGAUGUCUGCACUCUCAGCCAUGCAGGACAAGACCCAGCACCUGGAGAACAGCCUGAGUGCAGAGACCAGGAUCAAGCUGGACCUGUUCUCUGCCCUGGGAGAUGCCAAAAGGCAGCUGGAGAUCGCCCAAGGGCAGAUCCUGCAGAAGGAUCAGGAGAUCAAGGAGCUGAAGCAGAAGAUCGCCGAGGUGAUGGCGGUGAUGCCCAGCAUCUCCUACACUGCAGCCACCAGCACCCUCAGCCCCGUGGCCCCACACUAUUCCUCCAAAUUCGUGGAGCCCAGCCCCUCUGGACUCGACCCCAAUGCCUCUGUCUACCAACCCCUGAAAAAAUGAAACCAAUGCCAAGGUUCUCUGUGCCCUCAGGGCUCUCUUGCAGUCAAGAUGAAAAAAAAUUCUUUUGUGUGGGAACUGUGUUUGUUGUCAUUUCCAGCUGGAGGAAAGAGCAUUGAACUAGAACUGCCCAUCUGUUUUUUUUGUUUUUGUUUUUUUUUUUUUUUCUUGUAAAUUUUUAGAAAACCUCACAGAACUUUGAGAUUUGUUUUCCUUGGCCAACGCAUUAAAAAACAAUUCUUGGUUUUCAAGUAGCCAAUUUUGCCUUUUUAUGUACUCUUGCAUGGUUUCCUCUUGAAAAAAACAAAAAUGCAAAAAAACCACAGGGCUUUGCUUGGUUUUGAACCCUUUCUCCUCAGUUUUUUAUUUAAUGGUCAAAUUGGAUUUGCAGAUUCACCCAGUGAAGGAAAACCCUUCAGUUUUCCCAGUGAAAGGGUAAAACAAUCCAACAAAGCUUUGAUUUAUAAAUGUAUUAAAUACAAACACGUGGAUGUCGCAGAAGAUAAUUUGAUUUUUUUUUCCCCACCCUCAAAGGACCAAACAAAUUCCAGGGGCGUUGUUUAAGGGAAGGAAUAAAGAAUAGCUGAUGAUGUGCUGGUGGUUGUUGUGUGAAAUAUUUCUAUUUAUAUCCCCAUUGGUGUUUUUUAGUCAUUGAGAAUUGCUAAAGAGUCUUGUUCACAGUGCCUUGGGAAAAAACAAAGAAAAAAAAAAAAA